GAAGAAAUUGGAUUACAUUUUUUGGAAUCGAGCCCUCUCAGUAUAAAAGCAUGUGCAUUCAAAGAAGGAAGUCAGAUUACUCCAGUUCGACAACAGGAUAACAAACAAUUACCUCUUCUUAAAAAAUGGCAUUCAAAUUCGUUGCUUUCUUCGCUUGCCUCGCUGUUGCCAGUGCUGGAUACAUUGCUUCACCACUUGCUGCUGUUGCAACUCCAGUUUUGGCCAAGACUGAUGGUCAUGAUCCUCAUCCACAAUACACUUUUGCAUAUGAUGUCCAGGAUGCCAUUUCUGGUGACAGCAAGAACCAACAUGAGUCCCGUGAUGGAGAUAUCGUUCAUGGUCAAUACUCUUUGAAUGAUGCCGAUGGUUACAGACGCAUCGUUGACUAUACUGCCGAUCCUUUGAACGGAUUCAACGCUGUUGUCCGCAGGGAGCCAUUGGGAGCUGCUGUUGCCGUCAAGACUGUUGCUGCCGCUCCAGCUUUGAUCAAAUCCACUCCUUUGGCUUAUGCUGCAGCUCCAGCUCUCGUCAAGUCAUACGCUGCUGCUCCAACUUUAAUCAGAUCUGCACCUUUGGCUUAUGCAGCUGCUCCAGCUCCUUUGGGAUACGCUCAAGCUCCAGCUUUGAUCAGAUCAGCUCCUUUGGGAUACGCUCAAGCUCCAUUGAUCAAGGCAGCUCCCGCUGUAGCUUAUUCAACCGGGCCAGCAUUGGUUAAGACUACCUUCUCUUCACCACUCAUCUCAUACGCUUAUUAA